CUGCUAAUCACUCAACUCAACCAUGACUUGUCCUCCUCCUCCUCCAACUAAUCAAUCAGAAUCUCGACUAAAAACCAAAUCAUCUUCUCGUAUAUCUCGGAUCAUCCAUGGAGAGCAGGGUUCAACUUCACUUAACCUUCCUCAUGAUAAAAAUCUUUCUUCACCAAGAAAAACCCCACCUCCACCGUAUCUGGCUUUACGAACUAAGAAUCUAUCCUCACCUCAAGAACUUUUUCUCUCCCCUUCUCCUGUUCGAAAAUUCUCAAGAAGUCGUUUCUCUGAAAGAACUGAAAUAAUGGUUGACGAACAACCUCCGGCUGAGUUAUUGGUGUAUCGCAGAAGGUGCAAGAAUAAAACUUCUCCUAUGAGUUUAUCGAGCUGUGCAUCGCCAAGAAAUAGUCGAAGGCCAAGAAGAAGAGUAGACCAAGAAAUUCCAGAGGAUAGAGAAUUGGGGUUAGGAAAUGAAAAUGGUAAACAUGGGAAAAGUAAACAGAGUAUCCGGUCUCGUAAGGAAAAUAUGAGUUUAGUUCCUUCUUCGGGAUUACCAUCUCCUGCUACGGGCAUACCAAUCGAAAACGAUGAUCGGAAUCGAAUAAAUUACACCGGGAAAAUCAUUUAUGAUUUGAUAAUGUGGAAAGACGUGUCUAAAUCAACACUCUGGUUCGGGUUUGGGGUUUUAUGUUUCUUAUCUUCUUGCUUUUCGGGAGGUUUAAGAUUUAGCGUUUUCUCGGCGAUCUCCAAACUGGGUCUUAUGUUUUUGAUCCUAUCUUUCUUCCAUAAUUCAUUUUCUCGAAGGAGGAUCAACAACGGGGAUCAGAUUAAUAUUAAUCUGAAAGAAGAAGACAUUGUUCGGCUGGCUCGAGUAGUUCUUCCAGUUGCUAACCUGAUAAUUGCAAAUGUGAGAAAGAUUUUCUCAGGCGAGCCAUCAAUGACUCUUAAGGUAGCACCUAUACUUCUUCUCGGAUCCGAAUAUGGCCACUCUAUAAGCCUGUGGAGACUUUGUGUAUCAGGUUUCUUCAUUAGCUUCACUAUCCCCAAGCUCUACAGUAUCUACUCCCUGCAAAUGAAAAGACAAGCCGAGUACUUCCGAGGCCGCGUAUUGGAAGCAUGGGCAGCAUGUUCUCAUAAGAAGAUAGUAGCAGCAUCACUAGUCACUGUGUUCUGGAACCUGACAAGUGUUAAGACGCGUAUUUUCACAGCAUUUAUAUGUAUAGCAAUCCUCAGAUACUGUAGACAACUUGCCCUCGCAGCGGUAGAAGAGGAUAAAGCCGAAACUGAAGAGAAACAAGACGAACAGCAGCAAGCAUUGGUCUUGGUAGAUGAGGGAUCACAAAAGAAGUAAUUUUAGUUUGUAUGAUAUGAAUAAAGCUACUCCAUUAUUUUUUGUACUAGACCACGCUAAUUACAUAAGCUAGGUUGAUAAGGCUAAAGCAGAGCCGCAAUUUCCUUUUAAGCGUUGUCAUUGCAUUCAAUGAUAUCUCCAGUAACUCGUUAUUGCAAUUUCGUGUUAACUCUAGAUAACGCUUGAAGGCCAUCUUAAUUUCAUAGCCUCAAGAAAAUGCUACCCCUAACCGACCAGUAAGUGCUUGUUCUUACUUGCGGGAACAAGAUUGUAGAAAUCUGGUUUCAAGAAUUUCCCAAUUGUCAAAAUUUAGACCACUCCC